AGACCUCAACAAAUUCGUUCUGAACAAAUAAAGUCUAAUUAUGGACUGACAUUAUUUUGUCAUAAAAUUUGCUAAUCAUUUUUUAAAACACAAAAUUCUUACGUUAUUUGAGUAAUUUCAAAAUUUUUCACAAUAUAAUUUCGCACGAAACUAAAAAUGGAAGAGACAGUGAUGGAACCGGAAAGGCCACACGUAUUAACAUUUAAUGAAAUAAAACAAGCGGCGGAGAGAAUUGAAGACGGCAUCAUUCACACUCCUCUUUGUGAGGCAAAAAUAAGUAAAUACAUGGAUUAUAACAUUUAUUUGAAAUGUGAUAAUUUACAAUACACUGGAAGCUGCUCUGAAAGAGGUAUCCGGAACGCCUUUGUCGCUCUUAACGAUGAAAUGUCUGAAAGAGGAGUGAUUGUACCGUCUAACGGAAACAUGGCUCUGGGAGCUGCAUAUCAAGGACACUUGCUAAAUAUACCAGUGACAGCGGUACUUCCGGAGAGAUGUCCCCCGUCACUCUCGCAGCGGUGUGCUGAACUAGGCGCUCACGUGGUUCUGGUUGGUGAAACAGUCGAAGAUGCUGUCUGUUACGCCAACAAGACCAACCGGGAUGGAUCACAGAUUAUAUUAACUUCGGACGACCCGUUAGUAAUGGCUGGCCUGGGUACUGUUGGCGUUGAAAUCAUAACUCAAUUGCCAGAGACAGAUGCGGUUAUUGUACCUGUAGCGUCAGGCGGUCUUCUAGCUGCAACGCUUGUAGCCUGCAAGAAGCUAAAGUGCACCUGUCUCGUUUAUGGAGCAGAAUGCGCCAAAGUCCCAAAAAUGAUGAAGGCCUUACAAUCAGGAUAUCCGGUAUCGGUGCCCGUUAUACCCAAUAUAGCACAGGGUUUAAGUUCUGCGGUUGUCGGGGAGAACGCCUUCGCGACUAUAAAGGGUCGUCUGGAUAGAAUGUUAGUCGUCGACGAAGCCUACAUUGCUCGCGCCGUAAUAAAUGUAUUAGAACGUGAGAGACUUGUGGCGGACGGCGCCGGCGUGUGCGCGUUGGCUGCUGUCAUGCAAGGUCUAGUUCCAGAGUUGAGAGGAAAACGAGCUGUGUGCGUUAUAAGCGGAGGCAAUAUCGACUCGGGACGUCUCUCCCGGACUAUUCACCGCGGGCUGGGUGUGAGUGGGAGACUUAUGAGGUUUGCAGUGCCAGUCCCUGAUCACUGCAAGGGACUUGAAGUUCUAGCCGAAGCCAUCGCUGAUAAAAGAGCGGUCAUAAAGAGCUUCGGCACCGAACAGAUAUGGGUUCACAGUGAUAUCGGAUCUACUUGGGCAAAUGUUGUAGUCGAAACGGCAAAUGAAGAAAAUGCUCUAGCGCUCAAAGAACAUUUGAGGAAUUUGUACCCAACUGUCAAAUUUGCAGUUUUUGAUGUGGAUGAGAAACAUAAGAUGAGAUAAAAAAAAAAUCGUAAAUCAUAACUUAUUUAACUUU